GUGCGGGGCGGAGCCAGGGAGCUGCGCGGCCAGGGGGAACCGCGGUAGGCCCAGGGCCUGAACCAAACUCAGGGCUGCCCUGGAGCGGGUGGUGGUCGGAGAGGAACGGGCAGGUCCCGUGCCGCUUCUGGGGCGCUGCUAGAGGCGAAAGACAGCAAGGGCUGUCGCGGCUCGGCAACGAGGGGGCGGGGCCUCGGUUGCGUCCGUCCCACGGGGCGGGGCUGAGUCUGGGGAGCAGCCAACCGCAAGUCCAACGGCCGGUUGGCUGCGGCCUCCGCGUGCCCCGCCUCCGCUUCUCGGCCUGCUAGUCUGCGCGUCCGGGGACUGUCGGUCUCCCCGUCUCGCUUUGGGUUUUGUCGCCCUGUAGUUUUCGUGGCUUGCUUCCGAGUCCUCUGCAGUCUCUCUCUCCCUCCCCCUCCACUCCUGCCUCCGUCUCCCCAGCCUGGCUCAUUCUCCCGCGCUUCGGUGUCCGAGACCUGAGGGCUGCCCGGCGCCCAGCUCUGCCCGGAGAGAGAUGGAGGAGCGGGGGUCCCGCGCAGAGGUCAUGGAAGAAGUGACAUCGUGCUCCUUCAACAGCCCUCUGUUCCAGCAGGAAGACAAGAGAGGGGUCACCUACCGGAUCCCAGCCCUGCUCUACAUCCCCCGCACCCACACCUUCCUGGCCUUUGCAGAGAAGCGCUCCACGAGCAGGGAUGAGGAUGCUCUCCACCUGGUGCUGAGGCGAGGGUUGAGGACUGGGCACUCGGUACAGUGGGGACCCCUGAAGCCAUUGCUGGAAGCCACAUUACCUGGGCAUCGGACCAUGAACCCCUGUCCUGUGUGGGAGCAGAAGAGUGGCUGCGUAUACCUAUUCUUCAUCUGUGUGCGGGGCCAUGUCACCGAGCGUCAACAGGUCAUGUCAGGCAGGAACGCGGCCCGCCUCUGCUUCAUCUGCAGUCGGGACGCUGGCUGCUCAUGGAGCGAGGUGAGGGACCUGACUGAAGAGGUUAUUGGUGCAGAGGUGAAGCGUUGGGCCACAUUUGCUGUGGGCCCGGGUCAUGGCAUCCAGCUGCAGUCGGGGAGGCUGGUCAUCCCUGCAUAUGCCUACUACAUCCCCUACUGGUUCUUUUGCUUCCGGCUACCAUGUAAAGCCAAGCCUCAUUCCCUGAUGAUCUACAGUGAUGACCUAGGGGCCACAUGGCACCAUGGCGGGCUCAUUAAGCCCAUGGCAACAGUGGAGUGUGAAGUGGCAGAAGUGACCGGGAGGGCUGGCGACCCUGUGCUGUAUUGCAGCGCCCGGACACCAAACAGGUCCCGGGCUGAGGCUUUCAGCAUUAACCAUGGUGAAUGCUUUCAGAGGCCAGCCCUGAGCCCUCAGCUCUGUGAGCCCCCGCAUGGCUGCCAAGGCAGCGUGGUGAGUUUCCGGCCCAUGGAGAUCCUUCAAGUGUACCAGGACCCUAAUGGCAAAGAUGCUCCUACCGUUCAGCAGAGCCCUCUGCUGGACAGCGCAAUGAGGCUAGAGCAGGAAGCUGGAAUGCUGUCUGAAUCUUGGCUCUUGUACUCACACCCAACCAGUAAGAAGCGGAGGGUCAACUUAGGCAUCUACCUCAACCAGACCCCCUUGGGUGCUGCCUGCUGGUCCCGCCCCUGGAUCUUGCACUGCGGGCCCUGUGGCUACUCUGAUUUGGCUGCUUUGGAAAAGGAGGGCUUGUUUGGGUGUUUGUUUGAGUGUGGGACCAAGCGAGAGUGUGAGCAGAUUGCCUUCCGCCUGUUUACAGACCGAGAGAUCCUGAGCCACAUGAAUGAGGACUGCAGCAGCCCUGGUAAGAGCUCUGAGCCAACUGAAAACUAAAAAUUGGCUUAGAACCCAAUUUUCCUUAGAAAGGAAACCACAGAAGGCAACCACAGGAUGAUGGAGGCCAGGUUAAUAGAAGUUAUUGAAGUCUACAGAGAAUCUAAAAACUUAAUAUUCUGCUCUCCACCUCUUUUCACUUCUCCAAAGAGCAAAAGGAAAAUUGUGCUGUAGUUACUGCAGUGGGAAGAACUAUGUGUUGGGAAACCAUGAUGUGGUCCUAGUGGUGCCACUGGCUUGCUCUGGGAUCUUGGAUGUGUCCCCUGAACUCUCUGGGCCUCAGGUCGUCUCCAUCUGUAAAAUGAGAGGAUUGGCUCUGUGAUUUUUCUUCUUCCCAUUCCUAGGAAAGGCAGAGUGCUCACAUGCUCCAUGAUCAGCAAGUCCUGGCUUCAUGGGUCUUUGAUAGGACUCUGAUCUCUAAGUGGAAGUCAGAGGACUCAUCUUUUCCAGUGACUCACCACUCAUCCAGGUGUGAGGCCACAAACAGGUGUCCUGGCACAAAGGAAGAUCUGGAUGGUUUGUUCUGUUUUUAAUAACAAACACACCCUCACCCUUCUAAUCAGGCUCAGAACUCUGCAGGCUCUCUGUCCUUAGAGGAAUUGGGCAGAACAGCAGAAUCAUGAGGUCACCUACCUUCUCCAGCUUUGCAGCUCUGCUCAAUCUUCCCUUCCUCCUCCAGAACCCUUAUUUCCUAGGGAGAAAAUAAGAAAAAGCCAGUGGCCCUUGAUAAUGGUACUUACUGUUUCUGAGGGCAUUACUCCUAUGAAAGAUGACCCUGAAGUUCAUGUACUAGAAUGGUUCCUGUACUAGGAUUAGGACGUUAAAGCAUUGGCUAGAACUUUCCAUGGUCUCUGCCCUCAAAGAGCUCACAGUUUAUGGGGCUAGAAGUGGGAGAAAAUUCAAGAUAAUCAAUGCAGCUGGUUUGUAGAUGUUGGGCUUUAAGUUGGGGUUAUGGUAGCUCCUGAUGUCAUUGUCUUACUUGCAUCUUCAUUGUGCUUGGAGUCAGCUGUCCCAGGGCUUGGCCAGGCCACUGGGUUUUCCUCAGGUCUCUUUUUCUCAGAAUAUUGUUCUGGCCUAGCCACUGCUUUACUUAUUAGAAAGGUCUCUGGACCCCAGACCUCUGAAUCAGGCCUAUUUUUUUGUACCUACUACAAUCACUAUUUGUGAAGUAGGGGUGCCCCUUUGUUUGAUGGGUUUGGGGCUGAAAUUUGCCAGUGCUGGGUAUCUCAGAUGAUACUAGAUUGGUUGCUCUUAUUUUAGAAUCUUUCCCCCAUAGCCUGUUAUUGUAACAGAAAUUUGAUCAUGAAAGACUUGGUUUUUCUCCCUAUUUUAGGAGAAGAAAUACCUUUGACUUAUAUCAGAUAACUAAAUUUGGUGCUGAGUAAUGGCCCGGAGAGCGAGUCUUAGUUGUAGAAUAUAGCCCAGGAGGCUGGAGGCUGCAGUUGCACCUGUCAUAUGGGGGAGAGCCCUCCAGGAUGAAAGUAGGAGAUUAACUUCACAUACUUCUGCAUAAGGCUUAAGUCCAUGGUUUAGAGUGACUUUUUAAAAUUCCCUUAACCUCUCUUCCAUUUGUCAAAGUUAUCCACCCAGUACACAGUUAUGCUCACUCAUUCACUCAUUUAUACAUUUAUCUAAAUAUUCUUGAGAGCCUGUGCAUAAUGUAAGGUGCUUUCUAUUGCCAUUCCCUGGUUGAAAGGCAUCUGUGGCUCCAUUUGCCUGCUAGAGGCGGUCUGCAUUUAGUCUGGCAUGUAGGGCCUUCAGUUGUUGGGGGAGAUAAUGCAUACUCCUCUCUGCUGCCUUGUAUGAAGCCCACUGUCAGAGAAGACCCCUGUCAAGUGGGCAGUGGAGGGGGCGGCAGAGUUGGUGGUACAGGGAGGAACCGGGGAAGGGCAGCCCUCUCCUGAGUCCUAGAAGCUUCUUGUUCUGCAAAGCUUUCCCAAGCACCAUACUCCCAAAGAGAUAGGAACAGUGGGGAUGGCUUUCUUCUCCAACAAGGUCUAAAGGAUGAGGAGUAUGAAAAUAGCAAGACUUCCUUGGGGCCAUCCAAGAAGGGAGUCGGGGGAGGGCCCUCAGUCACAUGCCAGUGUGAACCACAGAUGUCCAGGACCAGCCCUCAAAAGAUGUCUUAUCCUUCUCCGAACUGCCAUUCCCUUUCUCCUUCCCCUUUGCUUUAUGUUUGCUUCUCCUUAGUGAUUAGCAGUGAAACUCUUAAUAGGCAGAGGGGCUGUGUGCAUCGUUCAGGACUAGCAAGCAAAGAGGAUUCGGGGACAGAGGUAAUGCCGAAUGAGGAUUAGGGAGAGGAACAGAGUGAGCAAUGGCAGCUAUGGAGAAAAAGAACAGCAGGGCGGGAAUCCCGGCGCCUUUAGGAAGAGAGAGAAACACGGCCCAGGUAAGAGACCUAGGCUGGAGAGGCUGCAGCGUAGGUGGUGGCUGCUGUGAAGAAGAAAUGACAACAGGCUGGAGCUGUUUCCUGACACGUGUGGGAAGGGCCAGAGGCCCGCACAGGCCAGCAAUUUAGGCUACAGAUACGUUCCUACCCAGCCCUGUCACCUGAAGCUGGCUUAACUUGUUCAUGUUCCGGGUGACCAACAGAGACAGCUGUAGGCACUCCUGACUUGUUUGUGCCAAUUCCUCAAGGUCUUCAGGGCCCUGGGACUGAUCCCAUGACACUGGUAUCCUAACUGAGCCCAUUCCAGGCCCUCUCAGGUUGGUAGAAUGAAAAAGAUGGGGUAAGUGAUGGCAGUUGUGAAGAAAAGAAGAAAAGCAGACUGGAGACCUCUAAUCUAGAGGCAUGGAGAGAGGCCUACAGAGGCUCUGGUCCCUUUGCUCCUACAUGCAACCCCCCCCCCCAUCUUUAGACCCUUAGAAUGGAUCCAUCCAGCACACAGGGUGCACCACUGGGAGAGCAAGAAAGCAUAGGUAGGGGCCUCCUGCUGCUGGUAGGUAUCCAGAUCCACCUCCCAUCCUUUCAACCUGCUGGGCCUGCUCAGGUUCCCAACCUCCUGAUGCCCUCACCCCUAGACCCCUACUGUUUACUUCAGGCCCUGGUUAUUUGGGUGCUUUACUUGGAUCUGUUUCUCCCGGUCACCAGUCUCCCCUCCUAUCCUUGGGAUAUCAUGCAACCGUAGGCAUAGAUGAGAGACAUUGCACCCUGUCUGUUGGGUACCCCAAGGGACCCACAGAGAUCAACCUAAGGCUGCCCCGCCUCCUCUCCAGGGCAGGAGGCUUCAAUACUUCUGCUUCAGCUUGCUCAGUCUUCUUCAGUAGGCUGUGUGUUUUCCCCACUGCAUCAGGCUGUAGGUGUCGUGUCCUCCCUUUCUGUGCUUCCACAGUGCCCAGUUAGGGCCUCCCUUUAGCCAUUACCACAGGGUGUGGUGUGUUAUUGUUGUCCGUCUUGUGCCUUCACGGCCUCUGCUAGGCUGUGAAUUGAGGGCCAAGUCUGUAUGAAUCCUCUCUCCAUCCCUUUUACCUCGAAUUACAAUGAUUUCUUUAUAAAUACAGGCUUUUCCUGUUGUGUUCUGAAUUCCCUGAAGGUAAGGACUGUGCCUGCUUCCUCUCACUGUCCUCUGCCCCCAGCACAAACUGGACAGCAGUACGGUUCUGCCCAAUGAAUCAAGGAGUCAAAGAUCCUUGGCCUUCGGGAGCUAAGUGAGAAGGCCAGAGCGAGCCCCACCCCGCAAAGGGAGGGGCAUGUUGCCUCCCUCUGUGAAUUGGAUAGCGUUCUAAACCCACUGAACACGCAUCCAAAAUGAGUCUUCUCUCUGCUGGCCUGCUUCCAGGACAGUCACAGGACUUCCUGGUAAAGAGCUUUUCUCUGGCUUCAGCUGAGUCCUGCCUGGGUGUCUCAGGAUCACAGCCCAAGCCCAAAGCCAAGCCUCGGUUUGGGUUUUCAUUUCAGUGGUAUCGCCCCUCUGUCCCUGAUAGGCGUUUGUGUAACUGCCCCUCCUCCAGGACUCCGGGGGUGACACCGUGGUUCAGUGUGUUCUGAGCAUGUCUUGGUUCUGUGAUACCAAGUUCCAGAAGUGCCCUCUGUACCAUAGAAACUACCAGGACUCUUGGUAACAAGGGAGAUGAAUAAAGAGCUUAAU